CUUCAAAUACUUAAUAAAGUUAGAAAAUCUUAUAAUAAAUAUAUGAUUAAAUCUGCUAAACAAUCUUCACCAAAAAUACUUAAAAGACAUGCAACAGAACUUGGAAUUAUGAUCAAAGAAAAUUUUAUUCAAAACACAAAAUCCAAGUAUCAUGAUCAAGAUUUCAUUGAAUUAAAAUUAUUUGAAUAUACUAUUAAUAAUUAA